CCGGCCCCGCUCGCUCCGGUGCAGCCCCGCCAUGGCGGGCGGCCCGGCCGCGCUCGCCCUCGGUGUCCUGCUGGCCGCGUGCCACGCGCUGGACAACAGCACGGCCGGCCGGAGCGCUCCGGUGGCGGCGGCCGUGAGGUCGCACUUCAACGAGUGCCCCGACUCGCACCGGCACUUCUGCUUCCACGGCACGUGUCGCUUCCUGGUGCAGGAGGAGAGACCCGCCUGCGUGUGUCACUCGGGCUACGUGGGGACACGCUGUGAGCACGCUGACCUGCUGGCCGUGGUGGCAGCCACCCAGAAGAAGCAGACCAUCACGGCCCUGCUCGUGGUGGCCGUGGUGGCCUCGGCGCUGCUCGUCACCGUCUGCGUCCUGGUGCACUGCUGCCGCCUGCGGAAGCGCUGUCCCGGCUGGUGCCGCGAGCCCGGAGCCGGCCCCGAGAAACCGGGGGGGCUGCUCAAGGGGGGAGCGUCCUGCUGCCACAGCGAGACAGGUGUGUGACAGAGCCGGGACACCUGGGCACACCUGGGCACACCUGGGGACCCCCAGGAGCGACCCCUCCCCCCUCCUGUGCUUCGGAUCCUUUUUGGGGCGUUUUCCCCUCGACUUUUGGGUUGUUUUCCCGGGAUUUUUUAAAACCCAAAUCUCUGGGAUCCGAACCCAAAGCCCCGCCAGGAUGGGGAUUUAUUUUUCUACAAAGAAAAAAAAAAAAAAAAAAAAAAACCCCAACCCCCGGCUCAUUUUUGGGGGCAAAUCCCAGCUUUUUCUUAAUAAUAAAUGGAUUUAAAUCCCAGGAAACCUCCUUGGGCUGGAGGCACAGCCUUAAUUUCCCCUUAGUAACCAACCCGGAGCUUUUCCCUCUGUUUUGGGGCUGUUUUUGGGGUUGUUUUGGUUUUUUUUUUUUUUUUUUUUUAAGUCAUGGUUACUCUCAUGUCUUCUGUAUAUGUUGCACUGAAAGUUAAUAUUUAAUGUUUUAAUUUAUUUCGCCUGGUUUAAAUUAAUUUUGAUUCCUAUAAAGAUGUUCUUCUCGUC